GUCCACAGCCACUAAGCCCACCCUAUUAUCUAAGUUAUCCCCAGGGUCCGUCUUGCACGCGUAGAUAUCGAAUUUUGAUCGCAUCUGCCGACGGAUACGGAGCAGACGUGACCUCAAUUGUACAGGACUAUCAGGAGGGAUGGCGACCGACUUCAUCAUGCCUAGGCUGGCCGAUGCACAACCAUCGCACUACUUCCAACCUCAACUGGAGUCGCACGCUUGUGCGCCUGCACAACUACCAGGUCAUGCGCCUCGACCGGUAGCCCAAGGUUAUCAAUCUCGGCAGGUCUCGCCCUUGAGCUCCAACAAUGGCUCCCCCACGUCCCCCAAACCAUAUCAGCGCCAACGUUUACGGCCACUGUACAUGCCCGCUGUUUUGCGACCAAACGAGCACCCUUACAAGGGCCACGGCAACAAGAAUGAAAGUGAACCGCGAACACAGGGCCAGGAGGACGAUCCACCCUUAUCAUCUGCCAACAGCUUCAUAACCUUGCCUGGGUUGGGAGGCUGGAGCCGUCUAGGUCGACGGACCACGGGUGAUAGUGAGAGAUGCACGGAAAGCGAGUGGGAUUUAGAUUUAUUUCCUAAGCCAACAGCACCACCCACGCGACUUCAUUGGAAGCCCGACCCUGAGGCCAAGAUUUGCGACGAACCCUCUUGCUUGCGCCAAUUUAAUUACUGGACAAGACGACACCACUGCAGACGAUGUGGAAACAUCUUCUGCGAUCUGCAUUCUGCUUUCGAAAUCCCACUCGACCAAGAUGCAAAUUACAAUCCUAGAGGAAUUGUCAGUCGAGCGUGUAGGCAUUGCUACACUGAGUUUCGGGCUUGGCGCAGUAGAACAAACAGUCAAGCAUCUAGUGACGACUCGUCUGUGAAACAAAUCUCCCACACAGCACCCACGAGCCCUGUCAUCAAAACGCCAGUUAGGGCAAACCCCCAAGCGCCACCACAUCCGGCCGAAGUUGCUAUGAGUGUGCCUCGAGACUGGCAUUGGAGCACGUUCUGAACCAUCUAUCCCGGAUGAGCACGUACGUCAUAGAUUGGCCCCUUUGCUCUCUGCUGAGGUGUCUAUUGCACAUCAUGAUCAGCUUCUUUUUUUCUUUCAAAUUUGGACCAAUUUGGAUGGAUAGUCAUCUACGAAGCAACCCUUAGUUAAAUAGAGACAGCGUCUCUGUUGCAUGAAAUCGACAAUCCACUGAGACAGAACACCAAGGGUUUAGAUGACCGUUACGCACGAAGUAAUAUAUGGUAUUAGGGCGCCGGAUCUUAAUGGAUUUCUUUUCCACGUCAUGAUACCCA